AUGCGUGCUCUUCUAUUCACUUCUGCCGUUCUUUUGGCUAUUGCCUUCGUUGAAGCUAAGAAACAAACGAUUACUGUAAAGGGAACAACCAUCUGUAACAAGAAGAGAAUUCAAGCUGAAGUCACUCUUUGGGAGAAGGAUACUCUUGACCCAGAUGACAAACUCGCCACCAUGACUUCCAGCAAAGAAGGAGAGUUCUCUCUCACUGGAUCUGAUGAUGAGAUCACUUCAAUCAAUCCAUAUUUGAUCAUUACUCACAACUGUAAUGUCAAGAAAGCCGGAUGCAAACGUGUCUCUGAAUUCGUUGUUCCAAAGGAGAAGAUUGGUGGAACUUACGAUAUGACUUACGUGACUCUUGAUAUUCUUUCUGCUAAAGACAAGGAGAAGUGUUAG